AUAAAAUCCAUUCGUAAGGACAAAAUUAAGGAUGAACAAGAUAUGGUUCACAUCAGACGGGAGAUUGAGAUCAUGUCAUCCCUCAGCCACCCUCAUAUCAUCACCAUAUAUGAAGUGUUUGAAAAUAAAGAUAAGAUUGUGAUCAUCAUGGAGUAUGCAAGUAAAGGAGAGUUGUAUGAUUACAUCAGUGAGAGGCGGCGAUUGAGUGAAAGAGAGACAAGACACUUCUUUCGACAAAUAGUCUCUGCUGUACAUUACUGCCACAAGAACGGUGUUGUUCACAGGGACCUGAAAUUGGAAAACAUCCUUCUUGAUGACAAUUUUAAUAUUAAGAUUGCUGAUUUUGGACUCUCCAACCUUUAUCACAAAGACAAGUUUCUGCAGACCUUUUGUGGAAGCCCACUGUAUGCUUCCCCUGAAAUAGUUAAUGGACGACCUUACAGAGGCCCAGAGGUUGACAGCUGGGCCCUUGGUGUAUUGCUUUACACUCUGGUUUAUGGAACGAUGCCCUUUGAUGGCUUCGAUCACAAAAAUCUCAUCAGGCAGAUCAGCAGUGGAGAAUAUCGUGAGCCAACACAGACCUCAGAUGCUCGUGGUCUUAUCAGAUGGAUGCUGAUGGUGAACCCUGAACGCCGAGCAACCAUUGAAGACAUCGCCAACCACUGGUGGGUUAACUGGGGCUACAAGAGUAGUGUUUGUGACUGUGAUGCCAUGAAGGACUCUGAGUCCCCAUUGCUGGCAAGGUUCAUUGAUUGGCAUCACCGAUCUACUGGCCUCCAACCAGAGACUGAUACCAAAAUGAAGUGCCUUUCUAAGCCCAAAGGUCCUGAAGUCACACUAGAGAGACAAAGGUCUCUGAAAAAAUCAAAAAAGGAAAAUGACAUUGCACAGUCCAUCCAGGAAGGAGGAGCUGAAAAUGCAUCCAAACCCACCUCCAAGAGACCCAAAGGCAUCCUGAAGAAAAGGAGCAACAGUGAACAUCGAUCUCACAGUGCAGGUUUCAUUGAAGGAGUGGUCAGCCCAGUGUUACCCUCUGCUUUUAAGCUAGAGCAAGAGUUGUGUAGGACUGGCGUAGCCAUUAAAAGUGUUGUGGAGGGAGAGGUAGCAGGCAAAUAUGGCACUAAGCAGUCUUCACUAAUGCCAAAAAAAGGAAUCCUAAAGAAGACUCAGCAGAGGGAGUCUGGCUAUUACUCAUCUCCAGAACGAAGCGAAUCUUCUGAACUCUUGGACAAUAAUGAUGAGACAGUAAACAGUGACACUUCUCCAGGGGUCACAGAGCCAUCCAGAAAUGGGUCUUACAGCCAUUCCUGCAGGCGUAAGGGCAUCUUGAAAUAUAACAGCAAGUAUUCUACCAGCAGCACUGAAUCUGCUUUGAUUAGCCCUGACACACCAACGCUGGAGGCCAUGGAAGAAGUGGUCCUGCCAGGGGAUGCAUUACCUCGAAGUUACAGUCGCCCUUCCAGCGUGAUUAGUGAUGACAGUAUUUUGUCCAGUGACUCCUUUGAUUUACUGGAUUUGCAAGAAAACAGGCCAAACAGACAGACGAUUCGGAGCUGUGUCUCUGCUGAAAAUUUCCUCCAGAUCCAAGACUUCGAAGGACUUCAGAACCGCCCACGGCCACAAUAUCUAAAACGUUAUCGCAACCGUCUGGGGGACAGCAGUUUUUCCCUUCUCACAGACAUGGAUGAUGUGACUCAGGUCUACAAGAAAGCCCUAGAGAUCUGCAACAAGCUCAACUAG